AUGGAAGCGAUAAUAGAAGAAACUGAGCCUCUGUUCACUACUGACAUUAUGCAAGCGCGUUUGCUGGACAGGUUCCGAAUGCCGCAAAUCACCCCCUUAUCGGGGGCUACCGACCCGUCCGAACAUCUGGAAUCCUUCAGAGUCUGGAUGGAACUCCACAACGCAUCCUUUGCGGUGAUGUGCCGAGCAUUCUCCCUGACCUUAAGCGGAGCCGCCCGACUGUGGUUCAAGCAGUUGAAGCCGAAUUCCAUUAGCUUAUUCUCCCAAUUCGGACAGAUUUUCAUCACGAACUUCAUCAAGGGAAAGAAAAGGCUUAAACCAGCUUCACACCUUCUCCACGUCAUCCAAAAAGAAGGAGAAUUGCUGAAAGACUACUUUAAGCGCUUCAACCUUGAAGUAAUGCAAGUGCAGAAAAACUUUCAAGAACUUGCUCUGACUGCGAUCAUGGGAGGAUUAAGGGACCCCAAGUUUCUCUUCUCGCUGGAUAAAAACCCGCUAACAACGACGGCUGACCUAUUGAACAGGUCGUAA